AUGAGACACCGCGACUGCGAAGUACGCAUCACAUACGACGGACAGGCGCUCGAAGAGCACAAUGUCCAGAUUGAGAACAAUGCCAUCGAAUGCUAUAUCGCCAGCGAGUCUGGCAAGGUGUUUGAGAUCAUAUGCAAGAACGAGACGUCGACAGCCAUCUCUGCUGGGAUAGCUGUCGAUGGACGGGGGUUCCCUAGGAGAAUGCUCGUAAGGGAGGGUGUGAGCAAGCCGCUCAUCUGCGAAGACGGCGUUGAUGGAAUGAGGCCACUGAUGUUCACGGACAUUACCCUCACAGAUGACGAGGACGCCGUGAGAGGGCUACCGCGGGGGAGCGAACUUGGCUUGAUCGAGGUCCGCAUCGUCCGCGGGAGAUGCGAGGGACUGAUGCCAUGGGCACCGCCCUCUGUCAUCAGCGUACAAAACUUUGGGCCUAUUCAUGAGACCGUGAAGAAAGGAGGCAUGCACUGCGUCCAGUUCGGUGCAAGGAUUUCAAGCGGAGUAACGCCGCAAGACACGAGGCUUGUGAACGUGGUUGCGCUUGAUCGUUGGGAUAUCCCGUACAUCACCUUCAAGUUUCGCUACAGGACCUGUGCGAUCCUUCAGGCGCAAGGCAUUAUACAACGGCCGAUCCCCUCUGGCAGCGCCCAGAACAACAACAACGAGGAUGACUUGGACGCCCUAGAGGCCCAGAUGCGAGUUUUACAGGAGAGGAUCGAGAGAGCCAGGAUGAGGGGAAAUCACAGCCCUCAGCCUCGUGUGAUCAAGAGGGAGCAGUCUGUCAUUCACCUCGGCCAGUUCCGUGGCAGCAUCAUCGACCUGACGGAUGACUGA